AUGGUCAUAGCGCCCACAGGGGGCAACUCCGAGAUUCCCUGUGCCAGCCGAUGUCCUGAUGGUAUGGUUUGCAACCCGAAGACCGCGCAAUGCUACUUCGAUCUCCAUAAGCCAGGAGAAGAUUGGACGAUUGCUCCUGGAGAAGUGCUCGUCAUGCACACCCCGAACAAGGCCGUUCAACAAGGGAACGGAAUCUUUGCCGAGUGGAGCGGGAAGAUCGAGUUCUAUCCCAACCACACUCGCGAUGGAGGGCUGAUCCCAUCUGCCUUCUGCAACAACGAGGCCUUCUGCCCUUCGUAUCAGGGCCUCAACGGCGUAGCCACCGCCAUCGAGUUCACUUUCGUGCCCUUCGGCCCGGACUUCUACGACGUCUCCAUCAUCAACGGCUUCAACAUUGGCAUCGAGAUGAAACCGAACGGCGCCUUUGUGCAGACCACAGAGGAGGCAGCCGGCAGCCACGAGGGCUACAACUGCGGGAGCGCCGGCGCCUUCCAGCAGCCGGACAGCCGCCUUAGCUCGUGCUCCUGGAACUUCGACCCGCAGACGCCUGGACGAGACCUGGGCCCGCUUCUGCGGCAAGUUGAUGGCAGUGGCACCAGCUGUACCUCCGAUGACGACUGCCCCAGCAGUCAGGUCUGCGGGCAGGUCGGUGUUCGCAUAUUCAACCCUCUGACGAAGCAGUCCCAGCCGACUCAAGAGAUCCGCAUGGAAUGCGGCCAUCAGAUUGGCCUGUGGUCCGCGUACCAGCUUUGCGUCUGGAGCGGCAACACCUAUGUCAGCCCAGCGCCAUUUGAGGGUUGGAUUGACUGCCCCUCCCAUCACUUGAUGUUUGCCUGUGCUGGACACGAGCCAUGGCUCACCACCUGCUAUGCUGAGGGUUCUCAUGACAAUGGCUGCUGCGGAUGCGCGGAUUGGGCGGACAUUCUGGACAUGCCAGUCCCAAAGGCGCAUGGCUGCAGGGGUACAAGUGCCACCUGGCAGCAGCACGCCCUGCCGUACUACGAGAUACUCAAGCGGGGCUGUCCCACGGCAUACACGUUCGCUUACGAUGACGAGUCCUCGACUUUUACUUGCCAGAGCGCGGAUAGUCAUCAAGAGGCAUCCCUUGCUGCGUGCACAACGUACGCGGCAGAAGAUGAUUGCCCCACGCCACGCUGCGCGUGGUACGGUGAGGCUGUGGGAUGCCAUGUGAAAGCCAAUGAUGCAGGAUACACCAUCACUUUGUGUCCUGAAGCCCCUGAGUGGACCUGGACUGCUGCGGAGCUGAGCACAGCGACCCAGGAAGCCGAUACGACGGACACCACGGCUGCAACCACAGCCACCACCACGUCUUGGUCCUGUCAAGUUGGCGAUGUCGUCCCAUGCUGUGCGGAUCGACAGUGCGUCGAAACCUGUGCUGGCAACCAGUGCUGUCCAGAUGGGACGGCGUGCCCCUCCGCCAGCGACGAUUUUUCCCUCUGCCCAGCUCCAAGGUUAUACACCUGCCCUCCAGAAACCCCACCGACCACAGCCACACACACCUCGCCGUCUUCCACCGACAGCACUACGAGCGGUGCGACGCACACGUCCCUGCGCUCAAAUGCGAGGAUGGAGGCCCCCAGCGAGGUGGAGUACUCCGGGAAAGUGUUGGCAGGCGAGGUCACUGUGGAGCUCGCGUCCGGCAGUGUGAGCCUCUUCAUCACGAGCCCUGUAGUCCGACAGAUGCUGCAAUCCUCGCUGAAGUCUGCCAUCCAUGGCGCAGGCAUCGAUUCGCAGGACGUCCGCGUCACCGCUGAUGCAAGCAUUUCCGCCUUCCACUACCAGAUACAACUGCAGGCCGACUUUGUGGAGAACAAGACAAGCAUCGAUCAGAUGAUGGCCGGCUUGGUUCAGCAGUGGACGCAGGAGCUCAAUGAGGCCGUACGUGCUGGCAAGACUGGCAGCCUGAUCUUUACGGCAGAAGGAACGACCAUUUCCUGGGAGAUCCAGAAGAAGAUGCGGCAGGCUGAGUGGUGA